UGUUCACACAACAGCUGUCUAAGAUUCAUCCUCCCAGCAGAAUGUCUGGCUCAGGCGUGAAGUGUGUCACCAACCCUUGCGUCACCUCCUGUCCAGAUGCCAAAGUAGUGAUCCAUCCACCCCCACUGGUCCUGACCUUACCUGGAUUGAGACUCAAGACCUCUCCAAAACAAUGCCUUAUGGAAAGCCAGACUUCAUGCCUCACUAACGGCUGUGAGGUGGGCUGUGCGGCAGGGUCCAAGGCCAUCGUCACCAAAACCUCAGGCUUGGUUGCUCUUUCUGGUGGAGAUACUCCUUGUUGUACAACCACUUGUCCUGAUUCUCAAGUGGUGAUUCAGCCUCCCCCAGUCUGCAUCACCAUCCCGGGUGCAGUUCUCACCAGCCACCCCAAUGAGUGCAUCAUCUCAAGCUCAACCAACUGUAUCACCAGUGGUGUCCAACGCCCUGCAUUGCCCCGUUCAACAUCGGUCUCCGAUUGCUCCCUCACUCCACAACGUCUAACUCGCUCAGCCUCCGUUCCAUCAGGACUCAACAGCUCAGUCCAAUGCCUAACACAAGGGCCUUCAAACAAAGUGGUGAUAUACCCUCCACCAAUCGAGGUCACCAUUCCUGGUCCUGUCCUGGAGAUAGCUGCAGAAGAGUGUACCGUGGAAGUCUACAACUCCUGCAAUGGUAACAACGCCCUCACUGGCAGUGAUCAAAAGGCCAUCACCAGCGGUGACGAUGAUGAAAUCAAAGCUCUAAUUCCACGGGCCAAGAGUUGCACCACAGUAUGUGGACUGAUGGACACUUCAAACUGCAUUUCCCAGGGACCAGAGAUGAAAAUUACUAUCCAGCCCCCUCCUAUUGAAGUCGAGCUUCCAGGACCUAUCCUGCAAGUUUUUCCAGAAGCGUGUAAGAUAGAAACUCUCAAUCCAUGUCCUCCAGGACCCGAGGCCAUCACUGGUAGUGAGACCAAGGCCCUGUGUGAUGACAAGAUGCCCUCAACUGCCCUUGCGGCUACUACCAGCACGAAACGCCGUCUCCCUGAUGUCCGACGUCCUCCUCGACCCUGGGCUGAGAUGUACAGCCGGUCAAUGACACCCCGAAGCAUUGCAUUAGCACAACAAUCCCGACUGGCAAAAUUCCGUAACACUUUAUACUCCGUGAAUUCCCAAUCAUUUUACUAAACUUUCAGUGGAUUAUGAAAUUGUAAAGACAGCUGGUAUUUUUAUAAAUAUUUGUAUAUAUAAAAAGUGAGAGUGCUGUGUCAUGCACCCACCAUCCACCGUACCUAUGGAUCAGAUGGGGCAUUUAUCGAAGUUGCUCUUUCAGUGUUGUAGACUGUUGUUUUUUUUUUUCUGUUUUUGGGCCCCAUUUAGGUUUAAAACCCAGGUGAUCAAGAUUUUUGACUCCAUAGAUUCCAAAGUGACAUUGAUUGUCCUUUUAGUAUCUGGUGGUUCCAUGGGAAUAUGAUGUACCAAAAAAGCAAUGGAGAAGUAAGACUUAAAAUGACUUCUGACUGCCAUUUUGUUUGUAAUAUAACUUUUCUCAGAAUUUUCCUAGUGUGAUGACAGAGGCGAAAUAGAAAACUCCUAUAUUUAUGUAUUUCAUGUAUUUGUAUUUCAUGUUUUUUAAUUCUGGCUGUACACCGCCCUGAGUCCUCAGGGAGAAGGGUGGUAUAUAAAUUUAAAAUAAAAUAAAAAUAAAAAAUAAAAUAAAAUAAAUGGUCAAUGAGGAAUGCUGACUAUUGUAGUUUAACAGCUUUUGGUGGCCACUUAUCUCUCAUCUCUGGAUCAAUGGAUUGCUCCAGGAUCCUGUUGCUACCAGUUGCUGAGAUGUUUUCUAGCAAAUGUAGUUUCCAUGAAUUUGUCCAAAUGUAAGCCAUCUGCAUAUCUUGCCUCAAAGAUAGCACUUUAUAGCACUUCAAAAUAACUUCUGUAUCAGUCCAAGGCCUGAGUCAAUCUAAAAUGUCUGGGUUUUUUUUUUGAAUCCCUGCAGAAGUUGAUGGCCCAUUCUCCUAUGGGCAGGAAUGGUUGGUUCUUGCAUCACUACCCCACCUUGGGGGUACUCUCAUGUGAUCCCACCAUGAUGUCUUCUUCCACGUUGGUGGGAGUGAGGUCCAUCAGACAUUCACAAUUAUUUUCAGGGAAUAAAGUGGUGGUAGAAUUGGAUAAAUAGAAUGUUUGAUGGAGAAGUUUCCAUUAGCAGAUCUAGGACAGCUUCUCACCCUCUGUGUUUUAUUGAUGUCCUCAAAAACUUUUCCAGAGGAUGAUCUCAGGACCACUGAGACUCUACAUGGUAUUAUAUAUAAAACAAUGAGGUGGGUCUAUAUUGAGGACUUCUUACUGAUGAGAAAAUGUUGCGAGCAUCAGGUAGUAGAAGACCUCUGAAUUCAUUGUGUCUGGAGAACCACUAUUUCCUCACAAUCUUCAGAAGAAGUGGUGACGAUCAAUUUGCCAUGACACAUGUGGCUAAUUGAUAACUGAUAAAAUUUGAUACUUAGAGGAUCUGAAAGUUGGUUCUUCAAAUCUAUUGCUACUAUCCCAUUGUCCCAACAAAGCUUCUGAGUAAACUCAUGGUACUAAGGAUCCUCCCAUUCAGCUCCAUAGAAGACUUACUCCAAGGUAGUAACAGUAACAGAGUUGGAAGGGAUCUUGGAGGUCAUCUAGUUCAACAGCCCUGCUCGGGCAGGAGACCUAUACGAGGGAUUCAAACCGACAACCUUUCCGAUCGACAAGCUCAGCGCCUUAGCCACUGAGCCACAAACAAACCUAGAUAAGAUUACACCAAACAGGGUUGGAAUUUCUAUCAGAAGGAUGUGAUAAAUUGGAGGAAAUGAAUUAAUCUCCUAAAUGAUCCUCGGUUUGUUAAAAAAAAAACUUUUAGGGGUUGUAACUAAUAUUUGUAGUCUUUUGAAAUAAAGCUAACAUGUUUAUUUUAUGCAAAAUGUUUUUUAAAACUAUUCUCAUUCUCAAAAUGCAAAACCUUCCAGUAAUAAACUGAAAUAAAACUUCUAAAAAGUU